CGGUUCAUGGUGGUGACUGAUUCCCAGGCCGCAGUCACCCUGGGAGAGCUCAGCUUUCCUGGGCCUCUCUCCCCUCCCCAUGGCUCAGCGAACCCUCUGUGAAGAAUGGGAUGAACCCCCACAGGAUUUGGAUUGCGAUGUCCCGGACCACAAAGACGCAAAGUUCUUCAAAAUCAAAUGGUCUUCGGAAGAGGAUGAAAAGUUGAAGAAGCUGAUAAACCAAUAUGGCAAAAAUGACUGGAGAUUUAUAGCAAGUAAUUUCUCUAACCGAACUGAUCUUCAGUGCCAGCAUCGGUGGCUGAAGGUUCUGAACCCAGAGCUUGUGAAGGGGCCAUGGACGAAGGAAGAAGAUCAGAAGGUAAUUGAAUUAGUUCAGAAGCAUGGGCCAAAACGUUGGUCGUUGAUUGCUCGGCACCUAAAAGGUAGACUUGGCAAACAGUGUCGUGAACGUUGGCACAAUCACCUCAAUCCUGAGGUUAAGAAGUCAUCUUGGACUGAAGAGGAGGACAAGAUUAUUUACGAAGCCCACAAGGUCCUUGGCAACCGCUGGGCAGAGAUAGCAAAACUACUACCAGGAAGAACGGACAAUGCUGUAAAGAACCACUGGAACUCAACUCUGAAAAGGAAGGUGGAAAUGGAAGGCUACUUGCAAGAUGGUAACCAGAAUAUGCCUAUGUUUUUAUUCACUCAUUCAGAGGAUGGUGAAAUCCAAUGUUUCAGGACCAAAAUAACUCAGCCUUCUUCAAAACAUGAACCUGUUACGGUAGAAGCAGUUCCACAGCCGCCAUCUGUUACUAUAAAGCAGCAGGAGGACAGUAUAGCCAGUUGGUUAGGCAAUCUCCUCACGGAUAACAGUGUGCCUGGUGAUCAUGGACUAUCGGGCACUUAUGAAACUCAGCAAGAACAAUAUAUUUCUGAUCAAUCCCAGGAACCUAACCAGUCUACAGAAGAGGCUUCUGGCAGCAUGUUCCUGAUUGUAGAUUCUGGGACAAGAUUUUCUCCACAGUCGGCCCCUGAAUUUUCCGAGCCCCUGGAGCUAAUCAAAUGUGAUCCCGAUGCAUGGUCUGAUCUGUCAUGCUUUGAUUUGCCGGAAGAUCUCAUCAAACAGACUCCUGAUAAGACCACACAGCCAACUUUGACAGAAUACCGCAUUGAUGCAAAUACCAUCUCUGACCUGAGCAAAAGUGCAAAGAAGGGUGAACUCAUCCCCAUGAUCACCUCCCCAGUUGCAGGAAGCUUCAGUACACCACCAACAAUCCUGAGGCGCAAGAAGAAAAUAAAAACUACACUUUCACCGGUUAAUGAUAGCAGCUAUGCUAAUAGUUUUGCAGCCUUUGAAAGCAGUACCAGCAGCAGCAUGACUCCAAAGAGUACUCCAGUAAAAGCCUUGCCUUUCUCACCAUCACAGUUUUUGAACUUCUGGACUAAACAAGAUAACCUCGACCUAGAGAAUCCAUCUCUUACCUCGACCCCAGUUUGCAGCCAGAAAAUCAUAGUUACAGCACCACUCCAACGAGACUAUACGCCCAAAGUUCAAAAGGAGAAUUCUGUGUUUCGAACACCAAGAAGUCGCAGAUCUCUUUUGGACAGCACACCAAGAACACCUACUCCUUUCAAAAAUGGGCUGGAAAAAUAUGGAGCAGUGAAACCUCGGUAUCCAAUGUCUCAUUUUGAGGAGGAUCUAAAAGAUGGUUUGAGGAGCAUUUUGCAGGAAGAAGAAGCCCAGUUAGUAAAAAGAAAGCAGCACGGGCUACAUAGACCUCUUAUGAAGAAAGUGCGAAAGUCUCUUGCCUUGGACAUUGUGGAGAAGGAUGGGGGUAAUACAAAUCGAGCUGUUUUCAGCACCAUCGGCGCACACAAACAGAAGCAGACAGAAGACUUUUUAUCAAGAUCUUUGAACAGCUCUUCAUCAAGUAAAAAUGAUACUCUGAACAGAGGUUUUAUUAUACCUAACAAAGAGACUAGUUUUUCCUCCAAGCACUCUAAACCAGAAGCUCCAAUAUGGAUGAGCAGUGCUUGGGAAGCAGUAGCCUGUGGAAGAACAAAGGAUCAACUUAUAAUGACUGAGAAAGCCAGGAAGUACUUAAAUGCAUUCAAAACAACUCACACCUCCAGGACUUUGAUUUUAUAACAUAGUGCCGAACAGAUUAAAACAUUCUAUCUAGAUGAUUCUUCCAAUGGAAAGAAUUACCUUGAAUUACCUUCAGGAUCUUUAAAAA